GAGAGAGAGAGAGAGAGCCAGUCUGCAGGAUCAAUUGUUGGUACCACAUCUUUUAAUCUUCCUUCCCCUGUUUUACUUCUUACCCUUGUAUGAUAAGAAGAAGAGGGGUUUGGAAGGAAGGUUUCUACAUUUUGGGGGAUUGGUGGAUGACCCCCAUUUGUCUGCUGCACCUCUUCUCAGUGCUGGUGGUGAAGGGAUUGGUGGGAACAGACCUUCUCAGAACUCUGUGCAAUCUGAGGGCAGCUACAAUCUCUCUUCGAGCUUCUGCCAUGUUGAACAAUCUUUCUUGGUGCUCACCAUGGCUGCCAAGAUCUUGGAAAACACCACCUACAACCUCCUCUUUCGCUGACGAUGGAUCUGUUGAAGCUCUGGACCUUGAGGAGCUCAGUUGCUUGACAAGACUACGAAUGUACGCACCGGAUAGAUGCGGUUCUUCUUUGUGGUUUGGCUUCUCCACCUCCACGCUUCUGUUGACGGUGUGCUUGGAGCAGGAGUGGCUCCUCAUGUCUCUCAAUGGUGACUAAAGUACAAGGCAGUUUCCUAGUCCUGGAAGGCAACUAAACGAGGCCUCAUGGGGUUGCUAUAAAUACUAAAAGACAUUGUUGCAUUUGCUACUGUUUCUGUAGUCAGCAAUGUGCAAGCAUCCUCAAUUCUCUUGAUGUUUUAGCAUCUGAGUGAGGGUAAAAUGAUUGGCUCAUCAUCCUAAGAAUCUACAAUGUGCCAUUUUCACAAAGUGAAAAUUGUACAAGUGGUUAAUUUGGAUUUAGCAGUAUAGAUCUUAUGUAAUUGUUGGAUCCUUCAGUUUGGUGACUUCAAGUAUUUGUCGAUGAGCAAACUAAUGUUGUCGAUUAGAAAACUUUUAAGUCUGAUUGUGUGGUAUUACUCUUAUUUUUAUGUAAGAUUUCUGUUUCAUUCAGCAAGAAAGUUGAGCUGU